AUGUAUGUCGUUAUGAAGUGUCUUUGUAAAGGUAUCCCACCCGAUAGCAUUGAUGAUUAUAAUCGUAUGGCUGCUUCUACUAUUUACUAUUAUAUUAAGAAGUUUUGUGAUGCAAUUAUGUUUGGUUUUAAUGAGGAAUACAUGAUACGUCCUACUGUGAAUGAUUUGAAGUGGCUUACGAUGGAAAACGCUGCUAGAGGCUUUCCAGGAAUGCUUGGUAGCUGGACUGUAUGCAUUGGGGUUGGAGGGUGGUUUUGGCAUGGGUAUUUUGGAGUGGGUGGAUCCAACAAUGAUCUUAAUGUUUUGAAGUCCACUAAUUUGUUUGAUGACAAUCUCAAUGGUAUUGCACCACCUUGUCAUUUUACUAUCAAUGGGAACCAGUACACACAGGGGUAUUAUUUAGUGGAUGGAAUUUAUAAGAGUUACUCUGUGUUAGUCCAAGCUUACGGUGCACCCAGUGGGAUUCCAAUUCUCGAGUUAUUUAGAAAAUAUCAAAUGGCAAAGAAGAAAGAUGUGGAACGGCCGAACGGGCAUUUGGGACACUGCAAAACAAGCGAGGCAUUACAAAACCCAGUUCUCCAGGAGAGACUUCGUACGGAUCUUGAAGGUCAUAUAUGGGAACGACAUGGUCAAGGUCUAAGGGAUGGUGAAAUGCCUGGAGAUGCGAUAGACAACGAGCUGGAUUCGGGAGAAGACACAGACGAGGUUGAUGUUGAUCAAGACCAUUACGACCCAUGA